AUGACCCGUCCUCCCAAAGACGCCUUCCAAAUUGGCUGGAUCUGUGCCCUUCCAAUCGAGGCUGCUGCCGCCGGCGAAAUGCUAGAUGAGAAAUUUGGGAUUCUCGAUGAACAAGAUGCAGCGGACUCGAAUACCUACACGCUGGGCCGAAUCGGCAAACACCACGUCGUGAUCGCCUGCCUGCCAGGAGGCCAGUACGGAACUACCACAGCUACUACGGUCGCAAACAACAUGCUUCGCACCUUCUCCAAGUCGCUUCGAAUCGGAUUGAUGGUCGGUAUCGGGGGUGGAGUUCCUUCCCCUGCUCAUGAUAUUCGACUUGGCGAUGUCGUCAUCAGUCAUCCCCACGGCACUUGUGGUGGGGUGAUUCAGUAUGAUAUGGGGAAAGUUAUUGCGGGUGGUGAAUUUGAACGAACGGGCUCGCUGAACAGUCCCCCAAGGGCACUAUUGACCGCAGUUGACGAGUAUGAUCACCCUGCUAAUGCGGGCAGCUGCGAUGGAUGUCUCGCCGAGUGGGAAGAGACAAGAGAUCAACGCGAGGAUAGUGACCCAUUACCACGCUAUGGUAUCAUUGCUUCUGGCAAUAAUGUCAUCAAGCACGGGCGGACAAGAGAGCAACUUCGUUCACAGACCGGGGCCAUGUGCUUUGAAAUGGAGGCAGCUGGUCUGAUGUUAGACUUCCCCUGUAUUGUCAUCCGCGGUGUUUGUGAUUACGCCGACUCGCACAAGAACAAGGAAUGGCAAGGAUAUGCCGCUCUGGUUGCCGCGGCGUAUACAAAGGAGCUGCUGCGGUAUGUUCCUAUUGGCCAUGUAUCACAAGAGAGUUUGGUGGUAGAUGUAUGCAACGGAUUGAAGACCGAAAUCCAAGGCACAAAUCAACGCCUCGAUCAGGCAUUCACUCAGCACGAACAACAUCAUCGGGAGAAGGUUUCAUUUGUUUUGACGGAUCAGCAACACCGCUGCCACCAAAUCUUUAAGAUAUCAACUUACGAGGAGCAAAAGAACAUCAAUCCUAAAAAAGUGGAAGGAACCUGCCUGUGGGCUACACAGAGCCACGAAUAUAUCCGUUGGUCGGAAAGCAACUGCAAUGAUCUUCUCAUCUUGUCUGCUGACCCAGGCUGCGGGAAGUCUGUGCUCUCCCGAUCGAUAAUCGAAGACCACUUAGAAGUUUCUGAUUCAGGAGUCACCAUCUGUUACUUUUUUUUCAAGGACAACGAGGAGCAGAAUCAUCUUGCCACGGCACUCUGCUCAGUACUCCAUCAGCUUUUUAGCCAGCGGCCUCAGCUCUUGCGCCAUGCCAUACCGUCAUGGGAAAGAAAUGGUGAAAAGCUGCGACAAGAGGUUGACGAACUGUGGAGAAUUUUUACAACCGCUGUAUUAUCAGAUGAAUCAUGCAAGACGAUUUGUCUUUUCGAUGCGCUUGACGAGUGCCGUGAGGUUGAUCAAAAUCGACUGAUUAAGAAGCUACAGUCGUUUCAUCGCCUGCCACGUUCGCAGAGACAGAAAACCUGGUUGAAAUUUCUAGUCACUAGUCGUCCCUAUGACGAUAUUCAGAAAAGAUUCCGAGAAAUCACGGACUCUUUCCCCCAUCUUCAUCUGAAAGGCGAGGAAGAAAAUGAUCAAAUCCAUCAAGAAAUCAACCUUGUCGUGAAGGUCCGAGUCAGAGAGCUCGCCGAAGGAGCAGCGUUAUCACAUGACACAGAGCAGCGACUCGAGCAGCAGCUUCUACAAAUGGAGCACCGUACAUAUCUCUGGUUAUAUUUAGCCCUAGACGAUAUUCGAUCCACACUUGAGGAUAGUCUUCGCCCUUCCGAGGAAGAAAUACGGACGAUACCUCAAUCAGUGGAUGAGGCAUACGAGAAGAUUCUUAGUCGAUCGCCCUCCCGUCAAGUAGCCAUUACGAGGAAGAUCUUACAAAUUAUCGUUGCAGCACGGCGCCCGUUAACAACGGCGGAAAUGGCCAUGGCGCUCGGUAUAGCCACCUCUCCACACGCUCAAACUGCUGCAGAAGCUGGAAUUGAAGCAUCCCAAGUCGACAAAAAGCUACGUCGAUUAUGUGGCCUUUUUGUUUUCAUCAACAAUUCCAAGAUCUACCUUAUUCAUCAAACGGCCAGAGAAUUUCUUCUGAAGAAGAGUUGCUCUAACAGCGUUAACUGCUUGUACUCGUGGUCCCUGACUGAAACAGAGGAUCAAAUGGCCUUUAUCUGUUUACGAUACCUAUUGAUGGAGGAUCUGGAAGAUGAUGAGGAAGAAUCAUGCACUAAGAUUCGAAGCUUUCUAGAGUAUUCAGCAUUAUAUUGGCCGGACCACAAGCGGAAGAUGAGUCUGACCCAAGACCAAGAAGCGACCGGUCAAGUUCAGCAAAUCUACGAUAUGAGCAGAAAGAGAUUUUCAUUGUGGUUCCCAAUCUUUUGGGAGGCUAUCGACCCUUACGGCGCUCCGCCGUCAAUGACUGCUUUACACCUGGCAUCACUGAACGGACAUGAGCGAGAAGUUGAGUUUCUACUGUCUCUCGAUGGGAAAGCUAUAAAUUCAGCCGAUAGCACCGGAACCUACCCUAUCAUCUGGGCCUCACUGGCUGGUUAUGAGAAGGUCGUGAAUCUACUACUGAAGAGCGGGGCUGAGAUCAACGCUCAAGGUGGGGAGUAUGGAAAUGCUCUCCAAGCUGCGUCUUUGAGAGGACACGAUAAGAUUGUGCAGCUCCUGCUAGAGAGGGGGCCUGAGAUCAACGCUCAUCAUAGGCGGUAUGGAAAUGCUCUGCAAGCUGCGUGUUUGGAAGGACACGAUAAGAUUGUGCAGCUCCUGUUGGAGAGGGGGGCUGAGGUCAACACCCAAGGUGGGCGGUAUGGAAAUGCUCUUCAAGCUGCGUCUUUGAGAGGACAUGAUAAGAUUGUACAGCUCCUGCUAGAGAGGGGGGCUGAGGUCAACGCUCAAGGUGGGGAGUAUGGAAAUGCCCUAUACGCUGCGUCUUUUGAAGGACACAAUAAGAUUGUGCAGCUCCUGCUAGAGAGAGGAGCUGAGGUCAAUGCUCAAGGUGGGCGGUAUGGAAAUGCUCUCCAAGCUGCAUCUUUUGAAGGACACGAUAAGAAUGUGCAGCUCCUGUUGGAGAGGGGAGCUCAGGGCGGAGAGGCUGGAAAUACUGUCCAAGCUACCUCUUUAGUAGAAUAA